AUGGAAGGGACGUUCGAGGACUUUUUGGCCGCGUUGUUGGCGUUUGAGUCGGGUUGGGACAGGGACCGCUACAGCGCGGGCGUCAUUCAGGACUGGCAGCUCGACCAAUGGGCGGGUGGUGCGGUUGAAACCCAUUUUCCGCAAUAUACGAGCUGGUCGCAGUUGACCGACACGGAAUGGGAAACCAUGGCGUACCGGUCCAUGAAUUCGCUCGGGUUUGUCGGUUUUCAGUUCGGCGAAGCGCUGCUCAUAGAUCUCGGCUAUUAUGACGAUGACGUCUUCUACGGAAACGGGGCAGCUUCCAAUACUUGGGACGGGAACUGGACUGGCAAGAAUGGCGUGAAUUCCCUGGAAGAAUUCAUGACCAGGGACGCACAGAACGUCGCGAUCCAGGAGGCUUUCGGCUACAAUCUUCAGGUUCUGGAAACGCAGUUGGCCGGGAGCGGACAGUCGCUGAGCGAUUUCAUCGGCCAGACGGCGAGCUACACCCAGAACGGCCAAACCGUCACAGUCGACCUUACGUUGACCGGUAUUCUCGCCGCAGCUCAUCUGCGCGGUGCAUGGGGGACCGCGACGCUUCUGCAAGGCGGGGCCGUCAGCACAGACGAAUACGGUACAUCGAUCCUGCAAUACAUAGAUCAGUUCGGCGGCUUCGAGGCCCCUUCGAUCGGGCAGAUGAUCGCCUUUUACGAAGAUCGCCUGACCGGCGACGAAGGUCUCGGCACACCGGGCGAGACGCCCGGAACCGGCACGCCGGGCCAGCCGGACAGUGACGGCGGCAACGGCGGCGCCGGCGUCACCGAAAGCGAUGCGGAUGUCGUGAUUACCUGGUCCUGGGGGCAGAACGAGGUUGUCACCGGUUUCGACCCGUCAUCGGGUACAAUCUUUAUCGACUGGAUCGGCGCCGAUGACCUCGAGGUUUCCGAGACAGUUGAGGGUGUCGUGUUUGCAAUCCCGUCCAACAACCAGACAACAACCCUCUCGGGCGUCCGGCUGAGUGAGCUGAGCGGGGAAAACUUCACGAUCCUUGAUACAACCACCGCCGCAGAAGUUCUGGGACUUGUUGGCAACGGAUCAGGGAUCCCUGAUACACCGGAUGAGCCUGACACACCUGUCGAGCCGGACACGCCAAACGAACCGGAAACACCUGACGAGCCGGAUGCUCCCGAUAUGCCUGCUCCGCCGGUGACGCCGGACAGCUGGAACGGUACGGCCGGUGUCACGGCGGCCACGGCGACGCUGGCAAUCACAUGGUCCUGGGGAACAAACAGGAGUGUUGCCGACUUUGAUCCGCAAAACGACACGAUCUUUAUCGACUGGUUUGGACCGGAUGCGAUCAAUGUCGACGAAGUGGGCGGGAAUGUUGUCUUCACAAUGGCGUCGAACAAUCAGACGCUGACACUCGAAGGCCUCGCUCUUAGUGAUCUUUCACCGUCGAAUUUCACCAUCAUGAGUGAAGCAACAGGCAGGGAGCUUCUGUCUCUGGUCGGCAGCGAUCCCGUUGCUCCAGGCGAUCCUGUUGACCCGGGCACGCCUGACGGACCGCAAAUGAUCAUGAUCCAAACGGACAGCCCAUCGCGGGUGAUCGACAACUUCAAUCCGGCAACCGACAUGCUUCAUCUGGAAGCGGGUGUGAUAGCCGAGCGGCUCGAGUUCGCCGGAUAUCCGACGACGAUUGCCGAUGUUUCCGCUGGACUGACCGUGCGUGUGCUGACACCGACGGGUGAGAUUGCCAGCGAAACGGUUCUGGUCGGUGUUGAUGCUUCCGAUCUCACCUUGAACAAUUUCAUGGUCGCCGAGGAAUCAGCGUUGAACGAAGUUGCGACGCUUCUGGGACAGUCCGUCGUUACACCUGACACAGGAGGCUUUGACGUCGUAUAUGACGCCGAUGGUUCCAAUCCUCCUGUUCCGUCCGGUACUAGCGAUUUGGGUGGGGUCAAAUGGCCUGCCGACUUCGGGGCAGAUGACAUAAUAGGGUUCAACCCGGCCUCGGACGAGAUCGAUUUCGGUAAUGCUUCCGUGCAUGGACUUGUUCUGAACAUGACGGCGAACGGCGAGCCGGUUAUCGACAAUCCAUGGGGACCCGACAUGCAGAUCCUUCAGGGCGUCCAAUUGUCGGAAUUGUCUAUCGAGAACUUCGGUGUCGUCGGGAACGAGCAUCUGCGUCAGGACGUAGGAGGUAUCUUGUCUUGGGAGGGCAAUAUCGGACCACGGGAUGCGGAUACCGUCUAUAUCCGCUCACAUGAAUACGGUGCUUCGGAAGUGAUCGAAGGUUUCGAUCCGGCAACACAGAAAAUCAGCUUCCUCUAUUUUGGAACCCGCGAACGCCUUAGCGUCGAGGAUACGCCUGAAGGAAUGGUGAUCAGUUCAUUGCCGAGCGGUCAAAGCUUUGUUUUCCCGGCAGUUUCGAAGGGGGAACUCAUUGCGGGAAAUGUCGAGUUCCACCACGAUCAGGUGAUGGAAGACAACCUUGAAGCGCCGUUCGGCUUCGACCAGAACGAUGUUACUCUUGUUUCGCGCACCGCUCUUCUGACCCCUGAUGCUCCUCCUGGUGAAACGACGGACGGUCACCAGAUCCGAGACGGUGUCGGCGCAGUUCCGGAUCAACCCGAUGCUCCGGAUGAUCCUGAAACACCGGAUACACCGGAAACGCCUGUUGUGACCCCGGUAACUGACAGUGACAUUGUGCUCGGGGAGGGUUCUGAUACGGUGCUCGUGACCUGGGAAUGGGGUCGGAAAUUCGCUGUAAAGGCCUUCAAUCCCGCGGAGGAUUCAUUAAAUUUUACCGGCCUGCCGGCUUCUGAUGUCCGGAUCGAGGAAGUCGGCGCCGACCUGAAGAUCACUGUCGAAAACAAUGGCGGUCAUAGCUUGUUGCUUGAAGGUCUGCAGGCUGAGGACCUCUCGAUUGUCAACCUGGCAGCGGCCGACUGGAACCAGGUUGUCACGGAUACGGGUGGCGUCUUGGAUCAACUUGAAGCGCUCGGCAACAACGAUGGUCGCGUGUCGAUCCCGGCACCCUUCCGCGCGGUGCUGGCGAGAGACGGAUUUGAAGGCCUUUAUUGCAUCACUUCUGCCCAUUGCGACGCGGUCGAUGCCGGCGGCAACGAACUUCUCGCCGAGAUCAACAAGCGUUCGGAGGCAUUCGCGAAGCUCUCGCCGGAUCAUGACGCACUUGCAGUCGCGCUUUUCGGGGCAAGCGAAAAUCCCAAGAUAGACGGAGAUGGACGCAUGACCAUUUCCGACAUGAUCCGUGACCACGCGGGUAUCACCGACCAGGUCACCUUCGUCGGCAUGAACUACAAGUUUCAGAUCUGGGAGCCGGCAAAGUUCCGCGAGUACCGUGCAGAGGCCCAAAGGAGAGCCGGCAUGAUGGCGCUCGGCGACAGAAAUGCUGCAUCUGCCGCUGGCGGACUCGAGCGCCAUGUACCGGUUCUCCUGAGUGAAGUCCUCAAGUCGCUUGAUCCGCGGCCGGGCGAAGUGAUCGUCGACGGAACGUUCGGAGCGGGUGGUUACUCGCGUGCGAUGCUGGCACGUGGAGCCAGUGUUAUCGGGAUCGACCGGGAUCCAGACGCUAUUUCUGCCGGACAGGCUCUGGUCAGUGAAGCAGAGGGCGGCCUGAUGCUGGUUUCCGGACAGUUCGCCGAUCUGGAUGAACUCGCCCGCUCUCAGGGACACGACACGGUUGACGGCGUUGUUCUCGAUCUUGGUGUUUCGUCCAUGCAGCUUGAUGAAGCCGAACGUGGAUUUUCAUUCCUGCGUGACGGUCCUCUCGACAUGCGCAUGGAACAGGCCGGUCCGUCCGCAGCCGAUGUCGUCAAUGAACUCCCGGUCAGGGACCUGAUCCGUGUCGUCGGACUGCUCGGUGAGGAAAAACGGGCGACUUCGGUUGCUCACGCAAUUGAUACGGCGCGCAAGGAAAAGCCAUUCUCCCGCACGUUGGAGCUUGCCGAUCUGAUCGAGAAAGUGCUCGGCCGCUCACCCAAGAAGGCGCAGAUCCAUCCUGCGACCCGCACGUUUCAGGCGUUGCGGAUCUAUGUGAACGGCGAACUUCAUCAGGCCGCGACGGCUUUGGGCGCUGCCGAGCGUCUCCUGAAGCCGGGUGGCCGUCUCGUUCUGGUGAGUUUUCAUUCCCUGGAGGAUCGCAUCGUGAAGCGUUUCUUUCAGGACCGGACCCGGACGCGAGGCGGUGGGUCCAGACAUAUGCCGGAAGAGGAAGUUCCUCCGGCAACAUUCGAGCUCAUGACCCGCAAGGCGGUUGAGGCUACGAGCCACGAGAGGGAUGAAAACCCGCGGCAGGGCGACGCACGGACGCGCCGGCGCGUGAAUUGGAUAUCCAUGCUGCGGGCGGGGCUGAAGAUGGUUCGGACGCUGAACAUUUUGUUCAUUCUGGCAGUCGUGAUCGGCGCGGCAACCGUUUACGACAUGAAGCUGGCGGCGACCAAGUCAGCCGAGAAAGUCGCCGAGCUGCAGCGUCAGAUCAACGAAGAGCGCAACGCGAUCCGGCACCUCAAGGCGGAAUGGAGCCUGCUGAACAAGCCGGACCGCCUGCAGGGCCUCGUGGAGCGCUACAACGACUAUCUCCAACUUGAGGCUCUUGAUGUGAAGCAGAUCGUGGCUCCGGCCGAUCUUCCCGCGCGCCCAGUCAUGCUUGAGCCCAUUGGUGGCUCCAAUCAGAUGGGCGGCUAUGCCGGCUCAUCUGCUGCGAUCCAGUGA